AUGAAUGGUAAAAAGCGCUGUGAAAAGGGAACUUUCUCGCCAGACGGAAUGCGAGCCGAAAUCUUAAAUCCAUUUGUGCACAAGUUGGAGCUAGACAACGUUUAUGAUAAAAUACGCACGGCAAUUUUCACGGUCAUCCUGCUACCGUUCCGUGUGAUCGUCAUUUGUUACCUGAUCGUGACCGCCUGGUUCCUGGCCUGUGUCGGCCUUUACGGCCUCAGUGAAGACGACCUUAGAAAAAAACCUAUGACAGGAUGGAGAAGCAAGCUACGUUUCUACAUUCUAUCUCUCAUGAGAUUGGUGGUGGUAGCUGCUGGUUUCCAUCGAGUGAAGGUGUUGGGGCUGGAGCGCAUGGCCAGGGGCCGUGAAGCACCAGUAGUGGUAAUGGCACCGCACUCCAGUUUCUUUGACGCCAUUGCAAUCGUGGUUCUUGGCGCGCCCAGUGUGGUUGCGAAAGCGGAUACAGCCAAACUACCCUUCAUUGGACGUAUGUUCAAAGUGGCGUUCGAUUUUUAA